CCUGCAGCCUGCCUGCCUCUCCUCCAGACAAUACCGCCGCUACUUUACGUCCGCCUUCCCUCCCGUCAACAGUUUAGAGCGAUCCGCCCGAUCGAGGUGUGUCUCUAACGCGUUUCAAAGAUGCUGGCUUGUACGGAGAUGAUCACAAUGUGCCUGCAGUCGGCCAAACAGAAGCAUCUUCUGGCUCAGCAGCAGCAGCAGCAGCAGCAGCAGCCGCACAGCGCCGGACAAGGGCUUACUAUCUUUCAUGAUAUUUUCCGCCGAGCAGACAAAAACGAUGAUGGCAAGCUGUCAUUUGAGGAGUUCAAUACUUACUUUGCGGAUGGAAUCCUGACUACCGAGGAGCUGCAGGAGCUUUUCUUCUCCAUAGAUGGCCGACAAAAUAACAAUCUGGAUACUGACAAGCUAUCAGAGUAUUUCUCUGAGCACCUGGGGGAGUAUCUCAAUGUACUUUCAUCUCUGGAGAGCCUGAAUGUUGCCAUUUUGAAGGCAAUGGAUAAAACUAAAGAGGAGUACCAGGGUUCCAGUGUGUUGGGCCAGUUUGUCACCAGGUUCAUGCUAAGAGAGACGUCCAGCCAGCUACAGUCCCUACAGAGGUCCCUGCAGUGUGCCAUGGAGGCUGUGGAAGAGCAGAGCAGCCCUGCCCCAAGAGAGGUAAAGGCACCGGAGCUGACAGCAGUACAGAAGAAUGGCAGGCGGUGUGGUCGCAGGAUCCAUAAUAACCUGUGCAUGUCCCCAUCAGAUCCUCGCUCUAGCAUCCUGACCACAGGUGUGUGCGUGGAAGAUGGAGAGAACUGGUGCUCUCAAAUCAACAGGCUGCAGCAGCUGCUGGAUAAACUGGAGUGCCAGGGUCCCAGGUUGGAGCCACUGAAAGAGGACACACUGGCCAGCACGUACAAGUCUAACAUCCUGUUGGUUCAGAGGCAGAUGUCGGUGACCGAUGAAGAUCUGGACAACUUCCGGAAAGUUCUGAAGAGCUACAUCGAUGCCACCGCAGCCCACUCUGACAACCUGCAUGUGUCCGUUCAGAAGCUCCCGGGAAAGUUGUGUUACAUAAUGUAUGAGUUCUGGCAAGACCGCAUCUCCUGGAUGAGCUACCUGCAGUCCAACAGCAGUAAAGAUUUCCAGCGCUGCGCCAUUGACAUGUUGGAGGAUGCGGAACUAGUUUCUACCAUGUUGCUGCCAGCUUCCUGGUGGAUUAUGACUAACAACUAGCAACUGAAUCCAGAAUGUCACAUCUAAUGCCUACACUAUCACACGGACAAAGACACUCUCGCCCAUCACCCACACACAUAAACACACACGUACACACACGAGAAUUCAGAAGGCAUCCAUGUGUUUAAAAAGCAACAGGAGACGGAGACAACGGCGUCAUCCAGCGCUCUCCAGCAGCAUUUUGAAACGUUCGUCUGUCUUCGACUGCUCAUUAUCGUGCCGCUUAUAUCAAAAGGGAUAGUUGCAUCCCUAUAGCCAUUCUAAUGACUUGAACGUGUUUGAUUCUCUGCAAUGCAAAAGCCUUUUCUUUUCUCAUAACCCUGUCUCUCACUUGGCCUCCUCUCUCUUGCGGUGUUUGUCUGAUAUUAUGCCAGUGGAGAACAACCAAAAAAGACGCUAGAAUAGGCUACUGGAACAAAUCCAAUUGAAUGAAUCUCCCCAUGCCAGUAUAGUUAUUGUGCUUUUGAUGAGUUGUUUAGAGUUGAAUACAAUGAAAUCGGAGAUGAAAGGUUUCUUCAGCCUCAACGUGCAUGCUGACUACUGUGGCCAAGGGCUUUCAGUCAUAUAGUUCCUUUAAAUCCUGGCUGUAUAUGCUGUAUGAUAUUGUAGAACUGUUUUUUUUUCAGCUAUUCUACUGUUGUGUGCACAGAAUGCUAAAAAGCUAACCCUGCCCUGGCAGCUAUCUAUUGAUACACUACUUAUUUAUGUUAGUUACAUCUCCUCUUUUGUUUCAAAAGUAUCUCCAAAAGUGUGAUUAUCUAACAGAAGUAACACUUUGUGAGAAGAUUUCAUUGUAUCACUAAGUUAUGAAGAGAAAAUAUAUUUAAUGUGUGAUGUAUUUAUUUUGCGUUUAUUCCAUCUGUACAUAUGUAACUCAGAUAUAUUCAUGUUGUGUUUUGGUUCUGUAAUCUACACCACAAAAUGUAAACAAACUGAAACUCGACUUCAACAUGAUUAAGAUUAAAGCUAUUCAUUGUUUUGACAAGUGAAAA